AUAUUUUUUCCCUUUUCCAAAGGCUGUCAUAUUAACCUUCUUCACAGGAGAGUAGGGAGCCAUUGGGAUAGUGGAAGGUGAUGCAGAGGUUUAAGGCAGCCUUAUUGCUGAGGCGCAAUCCUCACUUUCCUCGAUUCCUCAACAAAUACAGAGCCCUCUGCUCUCUUCCGGACAGUGCUGUUAUCGAUGAUCUUGACGACCAAGUAUUGGUUGAGGGCAAACCUUGGUCCAGAACAGCGAUUCUGAACAGACCCUCGGUGCUAAAUGCUCUGAGUACCGCAAUGGGAGCUAGAUUGCAAAAGCUGUACACAUGCUGGGAAAAUGAUCCUGAUAUUGGUUUUGUGGCCAUGAAGGGCAGUGGCCGGGCAUUUUGUGCUGGUGGAGAUGUUGUGACACUUUAUCAUCUCAUAAACACAGGGAAGAUGGACGAUUGCAAGGAAUUUUUUAGGACAUUAUAUACUUUCAUAUACUUUCUAGGUACAUAUUUGAAGCCAAAUGUGGCACUUUUAAAUGGCAUUACCAUGGGUGGUGGGGCUGGAGUAUCAAUCCCUGGGAUGUUUAGGGUUGCAACUGAUAAAACUGUUUUUGCUACCCCUGAAACUCUCAUUGGUUUCCACCCAGAUGCUGGCGCGUCAUUUUACCUCUCACGUCUCCCUGGUCACCUUGGGGAGUACUUGGCUCUUACAGGAGACAAACUCAAUGGAUCAGAAAUGAUUGCUUGCGGGCUUGCUACACAUUAUGCACAUACUGCAAGGCUUCCAUUAAUUGAAGAACAACUUGGAAAAUUGGUUACUGAUGAUCCUUCAGUCAUUGAAACUUCUUUAGAAAAAUAUAGUGACCUUGUCUCUCCAGAUAAGCAAAGUGUAGUUAAAAGGAUCGAAAUGCUUGAUAGAACUUUUUGCCAUGACACAGUUGAAGAAAUUAUCGAUGCUUUGGAGAGUGAAGCAGGUAAAACAAAUGAUGCAUGGUGCAUUUCUGCCCUAAGGAGAUUUAAAGAAACCUCACCAUUAAGUUUGAAGGUUUCUUUGAAAUCAAUACGAGAAGCUAGAUUUCAGACCCUUGAUCAGUGCUUGAUCCGCGAGUACCGAAUGUCACUCCAAGGGAUAUCUAAUCAGGUUUCAAGAGACUUUUGUGAGGGUGUUAGGGCACGGAUGGUGGAAAAGGACUUGGCACCAAAGUGGGAUCCUCCGAGUUUGGAACGAGUGUCUGAAGACAUGGUGCUGCACUACUUUUCCCGGCUUAACGAGUUCGAGCCUGAUCUGGAGCUACCCACAAAACUUCGUGAAGCAUUCACAUAAUUCAUCCAUUUGUAGAAACGAGUUCCUGGUCGUAUGUUUACAAAAGCACAUUACGAAGGUAUUUGAAGAAAACUGUCCGGGUUGUAGGAAAUUAUCAAUACAAACGGAAGAACACUCCCACCAUUUUGUAACCUGUUGCCGACUUUGGAUGAAAAUUUGAAAAAUGAAAAAU